UUUAUUUUUAGUUGAAUAAUGCUGUCUUCUGCGUCUCUGACUUUAUUAAGAGCUCUUGUGAGAAGAGUUGGAUAACGUUUCUUUUGGGCUGUGUACAAUCACCCAGGCUUCUUAAUCUCAGCGUACUGUAAAACCUGGGCAGGUGAUGGCUGGAGAAGUAGACCUGUCUGGCAGGGAGAUGAACGAUCUGGAUGAAGAGGAACUCUGGGACCUGAUCAAUAACCACCGGGACAAGAUCACUCUGGGAGUGAAGCCAUGUAUGCUGACUGCAUACCUGCGACAGGCUUGCGUGCUCAGCGACCUGGACGAAGAAGAGAUCCUGCACAGUGUGAAGAACACCAACCGCUGCAUGAGGACCGGCCACAUGCUGGAUAUUCUGAAAACUCAGGGUAAGAAAGGGGCCAUUGCCUUCCUGGAGAGCUUGAUGAUCCACAUCCCAAAGCUGUACACCCAGGUGACAGGCAAGGAGCCCACCAUGGAGCACUCUAGUGGUGUGAUGAAGCACUCGGAGCUGACAGAGUACCUGGUGAAGGCAAUGACAGAGAUGCAGCAGGUCCGGAACCAAGAGAAGAGCAAGGUGUUGCUGCUGGAGAGUCGCUGCUUCCGGCUGGAGGCUGAGCUGGCCAAGGCCAGACGGCGAGUGGAGGAGCUGGAAAACUUGGAAGCAGAGUUUAAGCGUCUCCAGAGAGAAUUCAAUCUCCGCUACCAGGAGCUGCUGCGGGUCAAGGACGAGAAGUGCAACCUGUGCAUGCGCUACACCAGCGCAGUGGAGGAGAGCUCCUUAAUGGCCUCACGCUGCCAUGACCUGCAGCUCGAGCUCUACCAGAUGAAGUCCGAGUUGAAGAAGGCCAAGUCAGAGUCGGAGUUUGAAAGGAAGAAAUCAGUGGAUUUGCAGCGUCGGAGUGAGGCGCUGGUGCUCAAAGAGGAUAUCGAGAGCCUGAACCACAAGCUGCUGCAGGCGGAGAAGUUUGACCCGGCAAGAGAGGACAUCCUGGUGCAGGACCUGGUGGAGGCGAGGGACAGCAGGCAGGGGCUGAUGGAGCAAAUCCACUCCCUGCGCGAGGAGGCUGAGAUGGCCAAGUGUGAACGGGAUGAGCACUUUGAGGAGAAGGAGGCUCUGCUUCUGGAGUGUCAGAAGCUGCGUCUGGACUGCGAGAUGCACCAGGAGAAGACAGCAGCCUUUCAGGUGCAGCUGAGAGAGCUGCGGAGCGAGAGAGACCGGGCUUAUCUGUCUCGUGACGAGGCGCAAUCCAGCAUCUCGCAGAGCUUGUCUGAGAAGGAUUCGAUGCGGCUGCAGGUCAUGGAGCUCCAGGACCAGAUCUAUGAGCUGCGCAAGCAGGCGACACAAAUGAAGGCACAAAUUAAGCGGCAGGAGUCAAGGGACGGCAGUGAAACCAAGACAGAGAGAAGGAAAUGGAAGCUGAGGAGAUUGCUGGCCAUUGAUCCUUCAUCUUCCUUCAGCGACUGUGAGGGUAGCAAUGAGUACUGCCCUCCUGGUAGAGUCAAGGACUGGAGCUCCGAAGAGCUCAACAGCUUCAAGUCGAACUUGGCUGAGCCGCCGUGCCGUGAGUCGAUCAGUCGGAGAGAUGUAGAAGGCUAUCUGGAUGAAAUAUCACUGAGCAGCCAAGCGAUCCUAGACUGGGAUUCAAUGCGCUCACUGGUGGACUCGGAUAAUGACUUUAUGGUGGCGACCAAAGAUCUAGCAGAUGCUACAUUCCCACCACCUCCAUCAACUGGAACCUCUGAACCCAACAAUGGGGUAUUUCUAAUGCGCACUCGACCCAGAGCCCGGCGCAUUCAGAGCCGCGUGAUGACCAUUGCCUUCCAGGGGGAGGUGCUGCUGGGGCAGAUCCAGGUGGUGGGCGGGAACGAGGCGGGGGUCUUUGUGCACUCUGUCUCCACGGGGUCUGCUGCUGAUGAGAUGGGGCUCAGCCCGGGCUCCCAGAUCCUGGCUGUUGAGUAUAAGCUCCAGCAGCACACGUUCAAAGCUGUCCUGGAGGAGAGCACCCUUGAGGAGGCGAUGUGGGCCCUCAGGCAGGUCCAGGGAUUCUGUUGCUUGACCAUCCGACCCAACAUGGACGGCUACCAGAAGCUGCUGCGUAAGCUGGAGAGCAGGGAGGUGAGUUCCGGGGACUCGUUCUAUAUCCGUGUGAACCUGUCGAUGGAGAAGGGGAGUGGAGCUGGGCUGCAGGUCCAGUGUAACGAGAUCCUUCACAUCACAGACACUCUGUACGGGGGAGUGGGGCAGUGGAAUGCCUACCGCACCGACCCCUCGAGCAUGCAGGACCUGGACUCAGGGACCAUCCCCAACUACUACAGAGCUCAGAUGCUGUUGAUCAAAGCGAUUGAGAACAUGUGCCUACAACAUACCACCACCAGAAAGCUGGACAAGAAUCAGGUGGCAGGGAAGAAGGAGGCGGUCAGGAUUGUGAGCACGGGCAGGACACAAAGAAAUCCACUCAGGUUCUCCAAUGACUGUGAAGGCAAUGAGCAAGGCAAGGGGCAAGGCAACAGUGUGGAGUGUGCUGCACUGGGUAGCUGCAUCACUCUCAUGCCAUACACCUUGGUGACGCCCCAUCGUCCUCACUCUAGGCGCCCGGUCCUCCUCCUUCCCAACAUUCUUGGCCGUCUCCUCAAUGAACGGCUCCAAGAGCACCAGGAAUUCCAACUGUGUCAGCCAGAGCUUCUCUCAGACAGUGAGUUUGCAGAGAGGCUGAAGCUUGGAGACAUACUGGGGGUGAAAGAAAGACAGAACAACUGCUACACAAAACAAGCAGUGGAAGCCAUCAUAGAACAGAAUGCCCACUGCCUGCUAGAGGUGGAGUUGGAUUGUGUGAGGCGCAUGCACAAAGCCGAAAUCUUCCCCAUCAUUAUCUUCAUCGUGAUUUCAGAGAAGAGUGCAAGGAAGUUCAGGAAAAAGUUACACAGACAUGGAUCUUCAGAAGAGCAUCUGCUAGAAUGCUAUAAAGCAGCAGAGACAUUUCUGGAUAAGCUGCCCUGUCUGAUCAGAACCAUUUCCUCAGAGACCUGGAAUGACAUGGAUUCGCUUAUGAGCUGCGUCAAAGCUGCUGUCGCCGAAGAACAAAAAAACAUUGUCUGGAUCGAACAAGACCUCCAGUGAAGAUAUAAAAAAAAAAAAAAAACAUUU